GCGACGAUAUGAUGAUCCAGCCAGCGAGCGUCGCCUCCAAGCACAGCAGAGCAUCGUCAUGAGUGACUUGCAGCUAUUGCGGAGCGAAGUAUCGGAUUUAGCCAAGGCGGUCGAGGCACAUAGAUGGCGACGGUGGCUUUUAGGUGGUUUAGUGGCGUCUUUCAUCCCCGCCAUCCGUAGGGUCUUUCGUCGUUCGUCGAAAGACGAGGAGUCUAACGACACCGAGUAUGCCUUCAAAAGAAGCAAGGGUCUCAUUGCUCGCAUCUUGGAUUCCGUUCACGGUAAAGGCAAGUUUGCCUCAGUAGCCUUCUUUGUAUUGGCUAUUCUUUAUGUAUUUCAGAGCGAGGUAUCGAUGCGUGUGGCUAGAACCGUGUCGAAACGUCUAAAACGGCUCAUGGGCAAAAUCGAAAGGGGAGAUCAGAGCCUUGGAGAGGACGAUAUAAAACUACUCAAGGGUUGGCGUUGGCGGGUAUUGCUAUGGCAGUAGUUUAACAUAGGGCAACAGAGUGUAAGCUUCAUCGAAAGCUUCCCAUAUUGUAUCCUCAGUAGCUAGGUUAGAUAUAAAAGCACCCGCUAUCUAAUUGUACUGAUAUUGACCAAUCAUUACUAUC